AUUUUUAGAUAAGUUUUUUCACCGCGAUGAACCACUGAAUAUUGCACUUGAAUUGAUGGAUGAUGUUAGAGCAAAAGCCAAAUCGGAUGCUUUCAAUAAUUCGGUAUUGGACAAUGGACUAGCGUGCAAAGCUGUAUCUUCUGUCGGGCAUUUAAUUUUAUUAAAUUUGUAAUUCGUAUUUUUAAUUCGAGAUGACAUAUUUUCUAAUGUGACAUGGUCCGCUAUCGCCACAAUAUCCGGCUAAGAAUUGGUUGGAUUUAUUUUUAAAAACAAUUAUAAUAUCCUUAUAUUUACAUGCUAAGAAACGCGCUGGUGUUAAAAUAUGUAGUAUAUAAUAUGUUUGUAUAAAAAAUAUAUACUUUUUUCGUAGCUUUUACAAUAAUUAUCCUAAUGAAAUCCUAACCGGAUGAUUUCUUUAUCGUUACUAAGUCAUAUUAUACGUAAAAGUAGUUCAUAUUAAACAAAAAAAUAUGUAUAUAGUAUAUACACCAAUAUAUGUACAUUUUAUUUUUUAACAAUUAUUUUUUAUUUAAGUGGAUUAUAUGCGGUCUGGUUUUAAGGAGUUUUGUAUAAGCAAUAUUACAGAUAAAAGAGGUUUUAAUAAAUGUAGACUGUGUCAAUUUGUUUAUCUUUUAAGUCGUGUAAGCUUCGAGGUAUUAUUUUUAAUUUAAAUAAUUUUUUCUAUAAGUAAGCGCCAAUUUGUUUUUUUUAGACCAAUUAGUGAUCAAUUCUGUUUCGAGGUCUUUGGUGAAUAUAUUUAUUGGUAAAUUAUGUUGGCAUACUUAAAUAGAGUUACUCAUUGCAGUACUUAAUUAGGCAAAUACGUGACCCAGACGAAUGCCUGCAUAUUUUAUAGUUCUUGUAACUAUACUAAGGGCCGGUAUUUCAAUAUUUACUUCUGUAAAGCUUAAGUUAAGUAUUAGAAUUACUCAAAACUAUCGUCGACAGUAUAAUAUAUUAAUAUGUAAUGUAUUCAGGUAAUAUGUGUUUAGAUAAUAUACGAGUUUAUCAGGUAGGACUACCGAAAAUAAUAUCUAAUUUAAACUUUGACAUCAUAAGGUCCAUGACGUAACGUUAUGAUUUUCAGAAAACAAACAUCCAAAACACACUCUAUCUCAAUUACGUUUUAGCAGACAAACAAAAAUAUCAAAUUUUUUUAUCACUAUAUUCUCUAUUUUUUUGAGGAUUGUUCUACCAUUACUACUUUGUGUUACUACGGUUCAGUGUGUUUGAAUAUUAUCUAGGUCAGUGUUUGCCGAGCGACGUUGCUUUAUUAGUAGUCUGUCGGUUCACGUUACUACGGUUGGAGGCAGCGCAAAAGCGACCAAGUUCUUACCGGUGUACUUUGUGUAAAAAAACUUUUUUUGCAACACAAGGACAUAUUAAUAAUCAAAUAGAAUGAGCAAUACCGCGAAUGAUGGGUUUAGCAUAGAAGCUAUCACCAACAAAGACCGGCAAGCGGUAAUAGAAUUUUUAGAUAAGUAUUUUCACCGCGAUGAACCACUGUGUAAUGCACUUGAAUUGCUGGAUGAUAUUAGAGCAAAAGCCAAAUCGGAUGCUAUCAAUAACUCGCUAUUGGACAAUGGACUAGCGUGCAAAGCUGUAUCUUCUGACGGACAUUUAAUUGGCGUUAUCGCAAACAGUGUUAAAUGUAAAUUUGACAAGCACGGAGACGAUGCUGAAGACGACACGAAGUUUCAGCAUAUUACUAAAUUUCUCAACAAAAUCGGCAAAGAAACCAAUUUCUUUUAUCAGUAUCCAAACGUUUGCCGGGCACUCACUAUCGAUAUUCUUUCAGUGGACGACAAGUACAGGGGCAAAGGAGUAUGCAAAUCACUAAUGGACAAGGCUAGAGAAUUGGCAUUAAAAAACCGAUGUUCAAUGAUUUAUGUAGGUUGCAGCAGUUAUUUUUCCGCCAAAGCAGCGGAAAGACUAGGAUUUCAAUGCAUUUACACAAUGUCCUACGAAGACUACUUAAACGACAAAGGACAGCAAAUGUUCAACCCUCCGACACCUCAUACACAUUUUAAGGUGUAUGUCUUACCAUUAGACAACGACUAAACAUUAAACGCUUUAGUUUAUUCUUAACUUACUGUUGUCGAUUUUAUGCUUUUAUCUACCGCACAUUUGUCCCCAAUUUUAUAUUCUCUUAUAAAAUAAUAAUAAUAUAAUAUAUAUAUAUAUAUAUAUAUACCUACUACAAAUUAUUGGAAAAUACUAUAAUUAUUAUUUCAUUAUCAUAACUAUUACUGUAUCAAUUAUAAAUGUAUUAAAUUUGUAA